CAGCUAUCACUCACGCAAUUUGGAAAAUGUACUGAUUAAACUGAGCGGCUAUACUUUAGAAGGCUGUAACUCAAAAACUAUUUGAGAUAUCGAUUUUUUAAUAUAAAAAAAGGUUUUUUUGUUUUUUAAUUUCACGCUAGGUGUGUACCUUAAAUUGUAUUGCUAUUGUUGCAGUGAGUGUGCUAUAACAUACCGGAAACCUAUACCCUGUGUUUUUCUCUAACGUAGACCUAACUGUCUUUGGAAAUGAUUCCUUGAAAUGAAAAUCAUUGCUAACUAUAAAAAUUGUUUUUCUCUAAAUUAUAAAUAUUUUAAAAUUUGUAACGAAUGAAAGGCACCAACAAGGGCCUAAAUCUUUAUAUGUAUACUAUAUAGAAGUUUGUAUGUGAUAUUGCGUAUGAUAUUUUUAUAGAAAUUUCAAUUUCAUUUAACAGCAGCCAAAAGUGGAUAGUAAGCACGCGGGCACUUCGAGAGGCAACACGUGGGGCCAGACCAUGCCUGCGUCGUUAUCGCUGAUUGCUGCGUUGGGGGAAAACGUGAGCUGUUUACAUUAUUGCCAAAUGCACAAGGAAAAACUUAUUUGCUGUACAUUGACUGCUACACGCUGUGAUACUUCAGCAUUUGCGAGCUUAAUGCUUCCGUUUCAUAUUUAUUUUUUAGCGGAAUAACGAUGCAUGCGUGCCACGCUGUUGUUAUUGCUAUUGUAUUGCUUCAAUGGUUUAAUGAUGGUGUUGGUUUAAGUGAGAGCGGCGUUGUGGGUGAAAAUUCUAUGUACAUGAAAGUGAGUGUAGAAAGCACGUUCGGGCCACUGACAUCUUCAAUGGGGCUGCAAACGGGUAUGUUCAUUGAUGACGUCGAACGCAAACGGAGCCAUUUAUUUAAGCACGCAAUGAAAAAAGGAAGCUGCCGUUAUAUAGUAUAUACAUAUUUAUAUCAAUGAGUGUGUGUAUUUUUUCGGCUUCAGUUGUAAUGAGAACAGCAUGUAGAGCGGCUGGGCGAAUUUCCGGGAUGGUCGGUUGGUAAAAAAUCAACAGGCGCUGAAGUUGCCAAAGAAACUCUAUGUAAAGCAUGUGUUUAUACUAGCUAUACAUGACAAAGAGCGCAGAAAUUAUAAACUCACAUGAGCGGAGCAAGCAGAGCACAUGAAUAACGGCAAAACAAUUGCCUGACUGUUGACUGUUUGUUGGCCCGUUGACUGCGGUCUGUGGUUAGUUGUUUGUUGGCCCGCUCGCAGAGCAGGCGUGCGAGAUGAGUUGCCUUGCUGCCUUACUGUCGUUAUUUGCAUGUUGAUAUACACACAUAGGUACAUAUGUAUCUAAAAACAUAAAUACAAUGGCAAAGAGCCAUUGAGAAGAGAGAAACUUGUUGGAUUGAAUUGUUCACCAGCUCGCGGCGCUCAAUCAGCAACAUGCUUCAAAGACCAGUGCAACUUCAACAACUUCUUUAGAAGUACGCUCAAUUCAUUUACAUUUUUGAUGUGCAAAAAGGGAGCAAGCGUUGUUUUUUCUACUGGCGCUCCUUGGGCGCACUCGCUCAGCGCUUGCGGUCUGCAGGCAAACAAAGAAGAAUCAACAGCUAAACAAUGUGCCGCGACGGCACAGAGUAGCACAACAGAAAUAUAAUGAAGAAUGAUUACUUGUCGCCUACUCAGAUCAGCUCGCAGCCAGGCAGCUUGCACACGCGCGCACAAACCAAGUGGCAAGUGAGCUGCUAAUACAGCAAGUAGGCGAAAAAGGCAAACAGGCAGCCAGGCAGCUAUAUGAGCAUUCGCCAGUCACCAAGAAAACGGUCGCAUCAGUGUGCGAAUGACUGAUUGACCGAUCGGACGAACUCUUGUUAUCGUUGUUAGAAGCGAGCGGGUUGCUUGCGGUGCCCCCCAUACCCGGAAAGUGCGGGUCCCAAACACUUGCAGCUAAUUCAAUGUGCUAAUAAAGUAAACAGUAGCGAAAAAAUCUUGAUGAAUUACUGAUUUUAUAGUGUGAAAGUGCGUAAUGUGUAAUUAUAACGAAAAGUCUACUUAUCGAAAUAUAUAGCCACAAGUGUUUUUUAAAGAUAUUUAAUUGGAAAAGUAUAAAGCAGUAAACGUGCAUUGAAAUUUAAAGAAACAUUACAGAAGAUUGUAUGCUAAUCACAUCAAAGUAAAAAAUAUAUAAAGUUUCCAUAUUAAUACAACUUCUUUGCAAAUAAAUAAAAAUUAAAGAAAGUAAUAAAAUUUAAAAAAAUACAACAAUUAUUUCCAAAUGAAUUUCUAAAAAUUUUAUAAAUUAAUACAAAAAUUAUUUAUAAAUAAAUUUGCUUCACGUACGAACAUUUGGUUGUUGCUGAAUUGAACGUCGUAUUUUAUGUGCGACACAGCAGGUAAUAUUUAGCUGUCAGCUACUAAGAAAAGAUAUACAACGUUUAAUUAUUUAUAAUGUGCUCGAUUUGUGUUAUUAUAUUACCCUGUUGACAGCGCAGUUGCAUAAUUCAUUUGAGCUGUAAGCUGCCUGCUUACUCUGUCUGUAGUAGUUGCUAAGACUUUCGCGAUCAGUCUGACAAUGAAUAUGUGAAACCGAAAAUACAGCCAGCUAAAAACAGAAGGCGAUAUGGGAAAUAAGGCGAAAAAAAAUAAACAAAACUGGCGCUUACACUUUGUAUAAGCGUUACAGCCGCUGGGGCACAAAGUUGCUUAUACGCCCUGAGGGUUAGAAACUAAACCCGAAGCAUUAACAAUCAAGCAGAUAAAGACACGACACAGAGUCAUAGCGCUUUUUGUGCCUUGAACGCCUAGCUGCUGUCAAUAGCAGUACCAUAGCAAGGACCAACCAAACACCAGCGAAAUGAUACGAGAUGUCUCCAGCUCAACACUUGGACGCGAGGAGGAACGCAAGCCACUUAUGGCAGCGUACAUGUUUCAGCGUCGUGUGCUGUUCGGUUGUAGCGUGUUGAUGGUGGUGUCGCUCAUCAUGUGGAUUGUUGCCAUUUCGACAGAUCAUUGGGUUAUUAUAACCGGGGGAAAAGGCAUAUUCAUACCUGAGACACGUCGAUUUUUUAUGGACUCACACUCCGGUUUGUGGGUGCAUUGCCGGCAUACUAAAACACCUAACGCUUUGCCUGCCGCCAAUGUGGUGCGCAAUUUCACCUCCAUUGCUUAUGUGAACCCUACAACGUUAAUCGAUGCCAAAUUGAAUGCAUCAGCACUUGAGUUUGUGCGUGAAUUUAGCGAGGAAAUAGUGGAGAUACCAAUGAAAAAUUUCACAGAGUCCGCUAGACGACGCAUGUUUGCGCAUUGGGUACGUAAUGACGAGGAAGAGUUUAAGGCAUUCAAAAAAAUCUUUGAAGAUCUUGUAUUAAAUACAACAGCCACACAAGCCGAAACCAUACCCAUCAAUGCUAAGCCGAUCGCAAUUGAUCCGCUAAAUGUACUCGAAAUAAAGUCAAGAAAAAUUUUUGGAACGGCCCUACAAAAUGUCAAGGUCAAUUCGACAUCAUAUUAUUUUGUUAUACCAGAAGCGGCGCAAUUAGCAAUAUUUGCGGGUUGGAAUGACAAGCCAUAUGUGCCGAAACUUUUCUGGCCAUAUGUGCGUGAUUUGGGCGUACCAGCAUUUGUACUGGAUGACCAUCAGGUGAUAUUGCAGCUGGUGCCACCACUACCACCAAGUAGUGGUCGCGAAGCGAACGGUUAUGUUUAUCAACCGAAUGAACGUUGCAAAUACAUUGACAUGUUCAGUAACCCCAAGUCGUUGAACAAAGACCCCGGCAUCGAUAUGGAGCUGAUGGAUUAUAUACGCACGCAGGCUUCUUUUGCCUGCAUCACCGUGUUCGUUAUGAGUUUGGGUUCGGUUUUCUCUUUUUACACUUUUAAGAAUCCGCGCUAUAUGUUUAAGCGUUUAGCUGGUGGUAUUCACUUGGUUUCCGCCUCUACUGCCGUGGUCGUUAUACAGGUGCUCAAAUCAUCAGUUGAUUAUACAAAGAAGCACUUAUUCUACACUUAUCCCGAGGGUGCUGAACUUACAUAUGGCUAUGGCGUCUACUUAGCAUGGUUCACUUUUAUAGUGAAUCUAGUAUGUGGUCUCCUCUUUAUGUGGUACUCGGGCAAAAAGAAGGGUGCGAAGGCACCUAACGAUGAGGUAGCCAUGGCAGAUGAGCCUACAAUAAUGGGCAGAUAAUAACUUUAACUAACUAAUGUUGUGCAAUAUAUACAUAUGUAUCUAUGAAUAUAUGUAUAUAUAUAUCAAAAUAGUGCCCACCGAUCAUCAGUGUACCUUAAGAUACUCACUAAUGUGCGCAAGGGAUAACCAUUUUGUUGCGAAAGAUAACAAAUAAUGCAAAUUUAAAUUAUUACAUGAAACAAAAAGAUGAUACGAAACAGAUAUUGUAGCAUCGGAAAUGGUCAUCUUUGAGUAGAAAUCUUAAUUAGUCAGAGCUAUAUGAAAGUAAUACGUUUCUUACUAAAAGAAAUUGCAGUUCCUAAAUGACUAAUGUUGUAAAAAUAAAGAUAAUUACAUUUUAUAAUUAUAAAAGAAAUUAAAAGCAAUUUUUACAUGUAAACGAAUAUAAAACAAUAUGUAAACACACAUUCACAUAUUGAAAUGAGCAAUCAAAACCAAAAAAAGUCACUAUUGUUUAAAUAUUUAAUUAUUGUAUGUACAAUUUCGUUGUAAGCUAUAUUUGUAUAUAUGCAUGUUCGAAAAUUUCAAACUUGUUCACUGUUAAAUUAAUAUUUCAAAGCAAAUAACAUUAUAAUAGCACGAAAAAACAAGAAAUUUAUUGACAUAAAAGUUAGUUUUUCGAGAAGACGAAGUUUGCUUAAACAAAUUACUUAAGGUUUAAAAUAUUUUCCUUAGUUUAUCAGCUUUAUAUAUAUAUAUAAGUCUCUCUUUCUCUCUUUAUAAUAAAAAUAUAUUCGACACAUUUUACAAAAAUUACUUUAAACAAGUGUGGUAAGUAAGCAAGUAAUGUUUUUGAGUUUAUUUCCAUAAAAAAGAAAACAAACAAAAAAAAUUACUGGUAUAUUUGUAUUAACAUAAUGCGAGAGUAUAUAUAUAUAUAUUAUAAUACAAUAAACUAUGCAAUACAUGUACAUUUUAAUUGGUGGGAUAUGGCAAGACUUGUAAGGAAUGUUUUGAAACAGGAUGACACAUAUACGAUAUUUAAAAGUAUUUAAAUUGUGUGCAAAAAGUAGUAUUUAAAAUAUGUCUAUGGGUUCGCAAAUAGUUUUAAAUACUACCGUGUACAUUUUUAGCAUUAUUAUAAAAAGAAUAAAGGUGUAACUAUAUCAGAUA